AACGAUACCACAUGGUCUCUCUUUCUCUAUUUUGUUUCUAUUUCUCUAUCGUUUUAAUAGUUAUCUUUCACGCAGCAAUUAAACUUCGAUUCCUUUCCUCUGCGUGUGUCUGCGUAUGAAUUCUCUUCCUAGAUAGGGUUCUGAUUGAUACGCGGCGGAAGAUUGAAAAGAGGAUUCCGAACGGAUACGUAAAAGGAAAAUGAAAGAACUUAACCUGCAGCUACUUCGCUUGAUCGAUCGCGAGUCUUAAGCACGAAAUCAAGGUUCUUCAAUCGCGCGAGUUCUAAACCUGCAACUUUGUGAAUUUUGCAUGAUAUUAUUAAGCAACUAUAUAAAUCUGAUCGUAGCUCGAAAAUAUUAGGGUUUUGGUUUGGACUGUGUACCUGUAGCGUUUAUCUUUUAAGAUUUUUCUUUCUAUGCAAUUCGUUGGAAUCGAAAGAUGUAUAGCAAUUUCAAGGAGCAGGCUAUAGAAUACGUAAAGCAGGCGGUUAAUGAAGAUAAUGCGGGGAAUUACAGCAAGGCUUUUCCGCUUUACAUGAACGCCUUGGAGUACUUCAAGACCCAUUUGAAGUACGAGAAGAAUCCUAAGAUUAAGGAAGCGAUCACUCAGAAAUUCACCGAGUAUCUCAGGCGGGCGGAGGAGAUUCGGGCUGUGCUCGACGAUGGAGGGACAGGUCCUGCCUCGAAUGGGGAUGCAGCUGUCGCUACACGGCCCAAGACCAAGCCCAAGGACGGAGAAGGGGGAGAUGGAGAGGAUCCUGAGCAAUCUAAGCUUAGGGCGGGCCUUAACUCAGCUAUAGUAAGGGAGAAGCCGAAUGUGAAGUGGAGCGAUGUGGCUGGACUUGAGAGCGCCAAACAGGCAUUGCAGGAGGCAGUUAUCUUGCCUGUGAAAUUCCCACAAUUUUUUACUGGCAAGAGACGACCAUGGAGGGCAUUUCUUUUAUAUGGUCCACCUGGUACUGGAAAGUCAUACUUGGCAAAGGCUGUUGCAACAGAAGCAGACUCAACAUUUUUCAGUAUUUCUUCAUCAGACUUGGUUUCGAAGUGGAUGGGAGAAAGCGAAAAGUUAGUUUCAAACCUGUUUCAAAUGGCACGUGAAAGUGCACCCUCAAUCAUCUUUGUUGAUGAAAUAGAUUCACUAUGUGGUCAGCGCGGUGAAGGCAAUGAGAGUGAAGCUUCUAGACGUAUCAAGACUGAACUUCUUGUUCAGAUGCAGGGUGUGGGGCACAAUGAUCAAAAAGUUCUUGUUCUUGCAGCAACAAAUACUCCCUAUGCUCUGGAUCAGGCCAUCCGUCGACGAUUUGACAAGCGGAUAUACAUUCCUCUUCCCGAUUUGAAGGCUAGGCAGCACAUGUUCAAGGUACAUUUAGGGGAUACCCCACACAACUUAACUGAAAGUGACUUCGAGCACUUAGCCCGUAGGACAGAGGGGUUCUCAGGUUCAGAUAUUUCAGUUUGUGUUAAGGAUGUCCUCUUUGAACCAGUACGUAAAACCCAGGAUGCUAUGUUCUUUAUAAAGGCAUCUGAUGAUAUGUGGGUUCCAUGUGGACCAAAGCAGCCAGGAGCUGUGCAGAUCACCAUGCAGGAGCUUGCAGGAAAGGGCCUUGCUUCAAAGAUUCUUCCACCACCAAUCACAAGAACAGACUUUGAUAAAGUGCUUGCAAGGCAGAAGCCGACUGUGAGCAAAACUGAUCUUGAGGUGCAUGAGAGAUUCACGAAGGAAUUUGGAGAGGAGGGUUGAUUGAUUUGAAGUGGAAGAGGACACUAAGCUGGUUGUGAGAACAGGAGCUGUAAUUUUUAUCUUUAUUACCAUUGUUAAACUCCCAUCUGUACAAGGAGAAAUGCUUGUGUUGGCAUUUCAUACUUCUAUAAAAAUUUGUUUGUUUAUACCAGGUUAACAGUGCACUGCUACCACUACUAUACCAUUACAACCCUGAAUAUUAAUGGCUGGUUUAAUAUUUGUUUAAA